GUGCCGUCAGACGGUUACAAGUGUCGUAAAGAAGUGAGGACUUAAAAAGGAGUGACCUACGGGUUGAGCGAGAAGUGGGAGCAUAAGCAGUCCGAGCUACCGUGUGAACAUGUCUGAGCCCAUUAGAGUCCUGGUGACCGGCGCUGCUGGGCAGAUAGCCUAUUCUCUGUUGUUCAGCAUUGCCAAGGGAGAUGUCUUUGGCAAAGAUCAGCCAGUCGUCUUGCUCCUUUUGGACAUUACACCUAUGUUGCCAGUCCUGGAUGGUGUUGUCAUGGAGCUGCAGGACUGCGCCCUCCCACUUCUGAGAGAGAUUGUCCCCACUGACAAGGAGGAUGUGGCCUUCAAGGACCUGGACGCAGCCAUCCUGGUGGGCUCAAUGCCCAGGAAGGAGGGCAUGGAGAGGAAGGACCUGCUCAAAGCCAACGUGGCCAUCUUCAGGAGCCAGGGAGCCGCCCUGGAGAAGUUUGCCAAGAAGACUGUCAAGGUGCUGGUUGUUGGAAACCCUGCCAACACCAACUGUCUGAUUGCAGCCAAGUCCGCUCCCUCCAUCCCCAAAGAGAACUUCUCCUGUCUCACCCGUCUGGACCACAACAGGGCUCGCUCUCAGGUGGCGAUGCGCUGUGGCGUUCCUGCCAGCCAUGUGAAGAAUGUGAUCAUCUGGGGCAACCACUCGUCCACCCAGUACCCAGACGUGCACCACUGCUUGGUCAACAUGUCUGGCAGUGAGCUUGCCUGCUUUGAUGCAGUCAAGGAUGACGGCUGGCUCAAAGGAGAAUUCAUCACUACAGUGCAGCAGAGAGGUGCUGCAGUCAUCAAGGCCAGGAAGCUGUCUAGCGCCAUGUCUGCAGCCAAGGCCAUCUGUGACCACAUGAGAGACAUCUGGUCAGGCACCCCCGAGGGUGAGUUCAUUUCCAUGGGUGUUUACUCCAAAGACAACUCCUAUGGAGUCCCAGAUGACCUCAUCUACUCAUUCCCUGUCCAGAUCAAGGACAAGACCUGGAAGAUUGUGGAGGGCCUGUCUAUCAAUGAUUUUUCCAGAAAGAAGAUGGAUGCCACAGCAGCAGAGCUGAUGGAGGAGAGAGACACAGCCGUGACUUUCCUGGGAGUAUGACUAGACCCUGCUGGGUCACCCAACAUGCACUUAGACAGCUCCACAACUCCAGACGCACGCCUGUAAUAAAGCACUCCACCAAUCCCUGCAUUACUCUGUGUGUGUGUGAGAGAGAGUGAGUCAGUGUUUAUGAGUGUAAAGUUGGACUUAUACUUGUGUGUUGAGAGGCUACGCUGAGGUGCACCUUUUUAAAAAAUGUAUAACAGCUGCAAAGAUAUCAAAUGGAGACAGUGACUAGCUUGUGUCGGUUGCUUGUGGUUUCGUUUACAAGUUUUAGACGCUGAAGCAGAUAUGUUUACUUAAGCUAUAAAUAAUUGCACAGCAUUACUCUCCUUUUCAGUAGCAACAGAAACACCCACAGCAGAGGCGUUCUGCACUGUCACGCACAAGUAUAUCUUCACCUUCAUUAUACAGUUUAUAUCAAAAGUCCAUCAAAUUUGUUACAAACUAUUUUCCAAUAUUUUUUCUCUGGAGAUCAGUGAAACAUGGAUGGUUGUUACAUAUAGUCAGUAAUGCACUAAGUCCUCAAACACUGGAACGAAUAACCUGUAAGCUAAAUAAUAAAAAAUCAAACUGUA